CUGGAUCCGGAUCAUCUGGAGCCGAGCGGUGGCGAUGUAAAACCCUCCUUAUGGUGCCCGACGCCACAAAUCACCUGAAUUAAUCUGUCGUCUCCAUUCAAGGCUUCUUGGAUCGCUCAUACAUAAAUAUCUUUGAGUCAGAGGAAGCAAACACCGACCCCAAGACCUCACCCUGAGCCAUGGCCAGGCUCCUCACCACCUGCUGCCUGCUGGCCCUGCUGCUCGCUGCCUGCACCGACGUUGCCCUCUCCAAGAAGGGCAAAGGCAAACCCAGCGGUGGGAGUUGGGGUGCCGGGAGCCAUCGCCAGCCCAGCUACCCCCGCCAGCCCAGCUACCCCCACAACCCCGGCUACCCCCACAACCCCAGCUACCCCCACAACCCCGGCUACCCCCACAACCCUGGCUAUCCCCAGAAUCCUGGCUACCCCCAUAACCCAGGUUACCCAGGCUGGGGACAAGGCUACAACCCAUCCAGCGGGGGAAGCUACCAUAACCAGAAGCCAUGGAAACCCCCCAAAACCAACUUCAAGCACGUGGCAGGGGCAGCGGCGGCAGGCGCUGUGGUGGGGGGCUUGGGGGGCUACGCCAUGGGGCGCGUUAUGUCAGGGAUGAACUACCGCUUCGACAGCCCCGACGAGUACCGCUGGUGGAACGAGAACUCGGCGCGUUACCCCAACCGGGUUUACUACCGGGAUUACAGCAGCCCCGUGUCGCAGGACGUCUUCGUGGCCGACUGCUUCAACAUCACAGUGACUGAGUACAGCAUCGGCCCCGCUGCCAAGAAGAACACCUCCGAGGCCGUGCCGGCUGCCAACCAGACGGAGGUGGAGAUGGAGAACAAAGUGGUGACCAAGGUGAUCCGUGAGAUGUGCGUGCAGCAGUACCGCGAGUACCGCCUGGCCUCGGGCAUCCAGCUGCACCCUGCUGACACCUGGCUCGCUGUCCUGCUCCUCCUCGCCACCCUUUUUGCCAUGCACUGAUGGGACGCCGUGCCCUGUGGCAGUGAGAUGACAUUGUGUCCCCACGCCCACCCAUGGGGUGUCCCCUGUCCUCGCUUUUGUCCAUCUUUGGUGAAGAUGUCCCCCCGCUGCCUCCCUGCAGACUCCGAUUUGGGCAACUGGGAGGGAAUUUUGUCCUGUCCUGGUUGUGGCAGGACGGCUGCUGGUGGUGGAGUGGGAUGCCCAAAAGAUGGCCUUCACCACUUCCUCCUCUUCCUUUCUGGGGCAGAGAUAUGGGCUCGCCCAGCCCUCGUUGUCCCUGCAGGAGCAUAUGCGAAAAUCCUCUUUGCUAACAAGCAGGGUUUUACCUAAUCUGCUUAGCCCCGGUGACAGCAGAGCGCCUUUCCCCAGGGCACACCAACCCCAACCCCGGGGGCUUGGCACCCACACAUCCCAUGGAGGUUGAUGGGUUUUGGGGAGUCAGUCCCAAGCAACACCUUGGGCUGCCGAGGUGCAAUUGUAGCUCUUUAAUCCGCCAAUCCCAACCCUUCCACGUGGAUAGGAGCUGUCAGCUCUGCAUUUUGCAUGCUGUAAACACCUCCUGCAGCAGCACUCCAAAACUAGAGUGAUUUGGGAAUGGUGAGGCUGAAGCCACAGCAGCUUGGGGUUGGGCUCAUCAAUCCACGCUGCUUUGCUUCCAGCGGAGCCAUGCUGCCCUUUGUAGCCUGCCCAGAGGAGGGGAGCACUGCUGAAUGCCCAAAAAGUAACACUGAGCAAAAGCUUCUUUCAGUGUAUGAUAGAAAAUGAAUGCAUCUCAUAUGGAUCAGCCAUGGGAACAUCAUUUGCCAUCAGCCCCAAAACCCAAAGGAUGCUAAAAUGCAGCCAAAGGGGAAUCAAGAACGCAGGGAAGGACUUGAGUCAGCUCAACUGGAUUGAAGUGGCAAAAAGGACGAGUAGAACGAACGCCAAGGGGAUGCUGGAGACCCACCUUUCGUGAGCAAAUUGUUCAAUGCAGCCAAUGGAACUAUUGCUUCUUGUGCUUCGGUUGCUACUGAUGUGUACAUAGGCUGUAGCAUAUGUAAAGUCCACGUGUCGAGCUGCUGGCACCGCCUAGAGCUGAUAUAUAUCAUGUAUGUGGGCACUGAAUGCCACUGCUGGCCAUACUCAACCAUCCUAAAUGAUUUUCACGUCCCUGUAACUAAAGUGGAGAUAUACUUCCAGUAUAUUCAACAACAAAAAAAAAAAGGUAAAAAUAUCAGGACUUGGAGGUAAUGUGUGCUUUGUGAGACACGGCUGUUUUGUACGUUUGUAACGGUGCAUGCACUGCGUUUUACUUUCCAACAUUUUUCUAAAUGUUUGACGUCUGGUGCAAAUUAAAGCAGGUGAAGCGAA